AUGAAAUUCAUCAUUGUGCUUGCCUGCCUCUGCGCCUUAGCUUUUGCUAAUGAGGAUGCUAAUGUCUUGAAGAAUGACGCAGAAGUUAACCCAGAUAGCUUCAAAUAUGCUUAUGAAUUCGAUAAUCACAUCAAGGCUGUGCAGGAAGGUAUCUUGAAGGAUAAGGAUCUCUGGUUUGUGAGUGGCGAAUACGAAUACAUUUCACCUGAAGGCAAGACUGUUAAGGUUUCCUAUGUUGCUGACGAUACUGGCUAUCAUCCAAAAGUAUUCGUUUAA